UUCCUACCAGGCUAGGGGAGUGCACCGCUUCCUACAUCAGAGCACAGGCAUGGCUUGUAAACACGUGACAAGUGCUGUUGGUGUGCUUUCUGUCAGUGUCACUCCUCGGGUGUUAGAGGCUGGGAGGAAUUUAGCUGGUCGACCACGCAAUUUGUUAUAAAGACAAAUAGGAUCCGCCGACUGGACCAAAUCACUCCUAGAAGUGUAGAAAUCCUCCGUGGAAACAUGAUGUCUGUAUUGGGAAGGGCGACUCGGCUCAUUCAAUUUGCCAGGUGCAGUAACGCCGUAAGCCUGUGUGUUUCGACACCUCUCAGGAGACAGUCUGGUAGUGCACCCGCUGCAGCCUUCGCCCAUCCAGCCUCCACAGCGACCCCAGAAGCGUUAGAAAACAGAAAGCCCAAAACGGGGAUCCUAAUGAUGAACAUGGGAGGACCUGAGAAACUGGACGAUGUUCACGAUUUCCUGCUGCGCCUCUUCUCCGACACCGAUCUGAUGAAGCUUCCUGUUCAGAAUCGACUUGGGCCGUUCAUAGCGAAGAGGCGCACCCCUAAGAUCCAGGAGCAGUACAGCCGGAUCGGAGGAGGCUCUCCUAUCAAAGCCUGGACCACCAUGCAGGGGGAGGGCAUGGUCAAACUACUGGAUGAGAUGUGUCCGGAAACAGCUCCUCAUAAAUUCUACAUCGGGUUCCGCUACGUGCAUCCUCUGACGGAGGAGGCUAUUGAGGAGAUGGAGAAGGAUGGAGUAGAGAGAGCAGUGGCUUUCACACAGUACCCACAAUACAGCUGUUCUACAACAGGCAGCAGUCUGAACGCUAUCUACCGAUACUACAGCAGCAGAGGAGACAGGCCUAAGAUGAGGUGGAGUGUCAUCGACCGUUGGCCCACACACCCCCUAUUGGUCGAGUGUUUCUCCCAGCAUGUCCUCAACGAGCUGCAGAAGUUUCCCUCGGAGAAGAGGGACGAUGUGGUUAUCCUGUUCUCAGCUCACUCACUACCCAUGUCUGUGGUGAACAGGGGAGAUCCGUACCCUCAGGAGGUCGGGGCCACUGUGCAGAGAGUCAUGGAGAGACUAGGGCACUGUAAUCCUUACCGCUUGGUCUGGCAGUCCAGGGUCGGUCCUAUGCCGUGGCUGGGCCCUCAGACAGAUGAUGUCAUCAAAGGUCUGUGUGAACGAGGGAAGAAAAACCUGCUGCUGGUCCCCAUCGCCUUCACCAGCGACCACAUCGAAACGCUGCAUGAACUGGACAUAGAGUACUCUCAGGUGCUGGGAGAGGAGUGUGGCGUAGAAAACAUCAGAAGGGCUGAAUCUCUGAAUGGAAACCCAAUAUUUUUCCAGGCUCUGGCAGACCUGGUCCAAACCCACCUGAGGUCAGACGAGUCCUGCUCCCGUCAGCUCACCCUGCGCUGCCCACUGUGUACCAACCCCACCUGCGGAGAAACCAAGGCCUUCUUCGCGAAUCAGAAAUGACCCUCCUCUUCCUCCUCAACCGUUUUCUAGUGUUGCAAACUGCAGAUAACUACCCCCCCCCUCCCCUCCCCCCCGGACUUCCUACUUAUUUCUUCCUGAUUCCUGGAUACUUCCAAUCGGGAUUUCUAGAACAGCUGGGAAUUCUGAGUCACCUACCUUCUACCCAUCUGUUACUACGUGACAGAGCACACGUUUCUAAGUAACUACCAGAAGAAGAAGAAGCAGACAAACUAGGAAAGAAGCUGUCAGUACGCAUCGCAUUAAAGCUAUAAGACAAGUAGAGUUGCACUUAUUUUGUCCCUCCCCCCUCCCCCCGUCACUCACAUUCCAUCCGUUGAAUUCCUGGAAAACUAUGUCCAUUCAUCCCUCCAUCCUCUUUCCAGGAAUAUAAACUGGACUGUAUCCUUUCUCACCUGGUGCUUGUCCAGUUGGUUUGUACGUCAUGCUCAGGGACAGUGGCGAAGCGUGUGUGUGUGUGUGUCCCCACCCCAUUCUGCUAUGUCAUCCACAGUGUCUCUUUGAGACCUUCUCUGAAGCCUGGUGGACUGUCCCCUGCUUUGAGACCCUCUCUGUAGCCUGGUGGAUUGUCCCCUGCUUUGAGACCCUCUCUGAAGCCUGGUGGACUGUCCCCUGCUUUGAGACCCUCUCUGAAGCCUGAAGGACUGUCCCCUGCUUUGAGACCCUCUCUGUAGCCUGGAGGACUGUCCCCUGCUUUGAGACUCUCUCUGUAGCCUGGAGGACUGUCCCCUGCUUUGAGACCCUCUCUGUAGCCUGGAGGACUGUCCCCUGCUUUGAGACCCUCUCUGAAGCCUGGAGGACUGUCCCCUGCUUUGAGACCCUCUCUGAAGCCUGGAGGACUGUCCCCUGCUUUGAGACCCUCUCUGAAGCCUGGAGGACUGUCCCCUGCUUUGAGACCCUCUCUGUAGCCUGGAGGACUGUCCCCUGCUUUGAGACCCUCUCUGUAGCCUGGAGGACUGUCCCCUGCUUUGAGACCCUCUCUGAAGCCUGGAGGACUGUCCCCUGCUUUGAGACCCUCUCUGUAGCCUGGAGGACUGUCCCCUGCUUUGAGACCCUCUCUGUAGCCUGGAGGACUGUCCCCUGCUUUGAGACCCUCUCUGAAGCCUGGAGGACUGUCCCCUGCUUUGAGACCCUCUCUGAAGCCUGGUGGACUGUCCCCUGCUUUGAGACCCUCUCUGUAGCCUGGUGGACUGUCCCCUGCUUUGAGACCCUCUCUGUAGCCUGGUGGACUGUCCCCUGCUUUGAGACCCUCUCUGUAGCCUGGUGGACUGUCCCCUGCUUUGAGACCCUCUCUGAAGCCUGGUGGACUGUCCCCUGCUUUGAGACCCUCUCUGUAGCCUGGUGGACUGUCCCCUGCUUUGAGACCCUCUCUGUAGCCUGGAGGACUGUCCCCAGCUUUGAGACCCUCUCUGUAGCCUGGUGGACUGUCCCCUGCUUUGAGACCCUCUCUGAAGCCUGGUGGACUGUCCCCUGCUUUGAGACCCUCUCUGUAGCCUGGUGCUGUCCCCUGCUUUGAGACCCUCUCUGUAGCCUGGUGGACUGUCCCCUGCUUUGAGACCCUCGAUCUCCUCUCGGCCUCGAGAGAAUCCCUGCUUCCAUCUUUGUAGAGGCACUACUCAUCCAGAGUCGAUGCUCUAACCUUUCCCACCCAGCAGCCUCGUCUGACCUCUCACCUCUCCGCUGACCUCUAAUCUCAUAUAGGGAACCAUAAUCCCUGGUUAAACUUCCACAAAGUGCUGAUGCACAUCUUGACCCUGCCCCGUCUCUCCCCGGCUGACCUCUCACCUCCCCCAUCCCUGUCUCUCCCCGGCUGGCCUCUCACCUCCCCCAUCCCCGUCUCCCUCCCCGGCUGGCCUCUCACCUCCCCCAUCCCCGUAUCUCUCCCCGGCUGGCCUCUCACCUCCCCCAUCCCCGUCUCCCUCCCCGGCUGGCCUCUCACCUCCCCAUCCCUCUCUCUCCCCGGCUGGCCUCUCAUCUCCCCCAUCCCUCUCUCUCCCCGGCUGGCCUCUCACCUCCCCCAUCCCUCUCUCUCCCCGGCUGGCCUCUCACCUCCCCCAUCCCCGUCUCCCUCCCCGGCUGGCCUCUCACCUCCCCCAUCCCCGUCUCUCUCCCCGGCUGGCCUCUCACCCACCCCAUCCCAGUCUCUCCCCGGCUGGCCUCUCACCUCCCCCAUCCCCGUCUCCCUCCCCGGCUGGCCUCUCACCUCCCCCAUCCCUGUCUCUCCCCGGCUGGCCUCUCACCUCCCCCAUCCCUGUCUCUCCCCGGCUGGCCUCUCACCUCCCCCAUCCCUGUCUCUCCCCGGCUGGCCUCUCACCUCCCCCAUCCCUGUCUCUCCCCGGCUGACCUCUCACCUCCCCCAUCCCCGUCUCUCCCCGGCUGGCCUCUCACCUCCCCCAUCCCUAUAAUAUAAUAAUAAUAUAUGCCAUUUAGCAGACGCUUUUAUCCAAAGCGACUUACAGUCAUGUGUGCAUACAUUCUACGUAUGGGUGGUCCCGGGGAUCGACCCCACUACCCUGGCGUUACAAGCGCCAUGCUCUACCAACUGAGCUACAGAAGGACCACAUCCCUCUCUCUCCCCGGCUGGCCUCAUCUCCCCCAUCCCUCUCUCUCCCCGGCUGGCCUCUCACCUCCCCCAUCCCCGUCUCCCUCCCCGGCUGGCCUCUCACCUCCCCCAUCCCUGUCUCUCCCCGGCUGGCCUCUCACCUCCCCCCCAUCCCUGUCUCUCCCCGGCUGGCCUCUCACCUCCCCCAUCCCUGUCUCUCCCCGGCUGACCUCUCACCUCCCCAUCCCCGUAUCUCUCCCCGGCUGGCCUCUCAUCGCCCUCAUCCCCGGCUCUCUCCCCGGCUGGCCUCUCACCUCCCCCAUCCCUGUCUCUCCCCGGCUGACCUCUCACCUCCCCCAUCCCUGUCUCUCCCUGGCUGGCCUCUCACCUCCCUCUGCUCUGAACCUGUUACCGGUCUAACUAUGGGCUCCAUGGCCUCAUCCAUCUAACCUGAGCCGUGUUGUAGCUGCUGCUGUUUAGACAGACAGACACAUUCUUAGCGACGAGCAGCGUUGACAUGCUUCUCCCGUUGUCCUCGGUCGGUCGGAGUAACAUGACAUAACGUGCCUUUUUACACUUGCUCUUUGAACAUUGAUUCAACUAUGUGCUUUUUAUUUUAUUUUAUUUUUUUACAUGUAAUAUACUCAAAUGUGAUCAUUUACCCGGGUCGUGUUCAUCAGGGCACACCGUAACUAAACGUUUUAAAUCAUUUCGCAACCCCCCAACAAAAAAGUAAAUGAGCGUCUCUAAUUGGACAAGUUGCAGACUCUCUGUUUUCAGCCGUUUUCUUCUGUUUACGUGCCUGCUGAACACAAUCCCCAUUUUCUAAUGUAUUUAAGAAGUCGUCUGUAGUUGUCUGUACUAUAGUUUUAAUAGGACAUACAUGUCAUUGUUGAAAACUCGUUUCUGAUUGGGUUUGAAGAGAAUUCUAGAGCGUGCAUUUUACUUCCCUAUAACGGAUGGUAUAUAUCAGCACGGUUGAAUUCAAUUACUUUCGUUCACUCUUACUUACAUGUUUCGUUUCAAGAUACUUUUGAAAUCGAAAAUCAAAUUUGAGAACAGUAUUGGCAGUGUUGACUUCAAUUUUCAUCAUAGCAAACUAGGACUGAUAGUUUGGUUCGCUAAACUAGCAAGUCUUGUCUGUUUUGGUUACCACAGCAACUACUGUAGCUAUCCGGUCAACUCGCUCGCUUCUUCGGUGGACGUUGAACACACUUUCUACCGGCAAAAUGUGUUCAAUUACAGCCAUGGUAUCGAAGGGGGAGGGGGGUCUAUAUGCGUUCUCUGGAAAAUAACCUCCCACGGAAUUGCAUUAAGUCCACUCUGCUAGCACGUCGUGGGAACACACUUUUUUUCACGUCGUUAAUUAUUUUCCAUAGAACACACAGCCCUCAUAUAUGAUGUGUGUGUGUGUGUGUGUGUGUGUAGUGAAGAGAUGUGGCUUCAUGUUACAUCGUUGUCAUUUUUUUUUUAAUAGGUAUAUUUAUUUCUGUCUGUCAUAAAACACCACCUGCUCUGCUGUUCAAAAUGGGUUAUAUAAUGUUUACUGGAAUACAACAUGAACAAGUCUUCCACUGCAUCUAAUAAAAAUGGACAACAUUAAAAACA